AUGAGAAAGAGAACUAAAUGUUAGUUUAUAGAAUAAGAAGCUUCUGAAGGUUAUAGUAGUGAAGAAGAAGAUGAUCCAAAAUUUGAAAUAAAUAAAAAGGAAGCUGAAAGAUAAUUGAAAGAAAUAUAGAGUAGAAGAGCAAAAGCAAAAGAGAGAUUAAAUAAAAGACUUUAAGAACUAAUAGAAUAAGAUGCAAUAGAUUAGACUGAGAAUAAUAGUGAAAAUAGUAGAAAUGAUUAAGAUGAUUAAGAUGAUUAAGAUGAUGAUGAUGAUACAUAAUUAAAAGGUGGACCUAAAUUAAAUGAUCCAAAAGUUUGGAGAUUUAAAUGUGGUAGAUCUAUUUGUGAAGUAUAAAGAAUACUUGAAAUUUCAAAAUUAUUGCCAAAAAAUAGUCCAAUUGUAUCUGUUUUUUAUACUCCAAAUGUUAAAGGGAAUAUUUUUUUUGAAUCUUACUUUGAAAAAGAUGUUAAAGAAUUCAUGAGAUCUAUUAUGUAUGGAUAACCAAUGUAUAUUUAACCUGAAGAUUGUGAUAGUUUAUUAGAAAUAAAGAAAAAUAAUAAUAUUUAAGUUGGUUAAUGGGUAAGAUUUAAGAAUCAUAAAAAUUAUGGUAAAGAUUUAGGAAAAGUAUUAAGAAUAAAUUUAAUUUAAAACUUUGCUAUAAUAAAAGUUAUAAAAAGAAAUAAAUAAGGUUAAAAAGAACCUAUUUCAUGGUAAAGAACUAGACAAUAAACUAGUGAAAUAGAAAUUAAAAAUGAAUCUGAAUUUAUAUAUUCUGAUGUUGAAAAAGAAUAUAAAUGUGCUAUGAUUGAUGGAUUUAAUUUAUUAAAAUGUCCUCUUAAAAAUAUUGAACAUAAUAUUACAAUUACUGAUGAAGAAUUAUAAAUGUUUUUUCCUGAUGUUGUUGAUAGAAAGAUUCUAGUUUAAUAAGCUAAAAGAGAAAUACUUAGAAGAGUAGAUGUAUAAUUUAAAGAAGGAUAAAAAGUCAGAUUAAUAGGUGAAGAUGAUCUUAAUAAAGGUCCUAAAUUUACAAUAGUCAAAAUUUUUGAUGAUUAAAUGAUAGAACUUAUGUGUAAAAAAGAUAAUAGAGAAUAUACAUAUUUAGUUCAUGCUUCAGAAAUACGAUUAGCUUUUAAAUUAUAUUAAGAAGCUAAAGUAAUAGAUGGUCCUCAUAAAGGAGAUGUAGGUGUUAUUAUAUGUAUUAAAUAAGGUUAUGUUGUACUUUCAAAUUAACAUGGUACAUUUAAAGUACCUCAUAGUGUUUUAUAAUUUGGAUAUAAGAAUUUUUAAACUGAUAAUUCUUUAGUUAAAUUUGGAAAUAAUGACUUUUAAAUUGGUUGUGUUAUAUAAUAAAAAUUAUAAUCUGCUGUUAUUUUAGAUAUUAAUAAUGAAAUUUAAGAAAUAAGAAAUGAAAAAUUAGAAAUUCUCACUAUUAAUGGAAUUGAAAUGAAUGAAUUAGGAGAAACAUUUAGAAACAAUGAUAAUGUAACAAUUAUAUCUGGCAAAUAUGCUAAUAAAUAUGGAUUAAUCAAACAUUGUAUUAAUGGUAAGCUUUAUUUAUUUAAUCAUAUAUUUCCAUAUUAAAUUAUACUUGAAAAUGUAAAUAAUUGUAAAAUGGUAUUUAGUAAAUAAAUUAAACCAAAAUAGAAUGAUUAAAUGUGUUUAUAUGGAUAAAUUUGUUAACUUAAAAUUGGAUAAUGGUAAGGAUAUCGUGGAUAAAUUAUAUAAAUAAAAUCUGGAUAAUUAAUUGUUCAAUUAUCUGCUAAUAGUAUAAAAGUGAAAGUGUCUGAAAAAGAUAUUCUUUUAUUAUGA